UUUCUUUUAUGACGCUUGAGGAAAUUCCACGUGGACAACAACAUUUCAGACCUACAGCAGAUGUCAAAUGUAGAAUAAAAACUGCAGAAGCUUUUUUGAGGUUUUCCUAUUUGACACAGUUGCGCAUGAUAUGAACUACUCGGGAAGCUAACGUUAGCCAGGCUAAAUAACUGUAAAGAGCUUUUCGAUUGAUCUGUAAUUCUGCUAUCGCCUGAACUGCCUGAACUGUCCUGUACUCUUUAUCUUCCCCACUGGUUUUCCAGAAGACAAACAGUUCCGAAUAUUUUUUAAAACGUAACCCCUGUAACAAAUGAAAGAUUUGUCAGAAAUAAUUUAGUAAGAAAGUUUAGUAAGUGACCCAGUAUGCUGGGUACGAUUAUCUUGCAAGUGAAUAUUUACCACGGGAAACUUUGAUAUCAGUUGUUAUAACGAUAACUAACGUCAGCUAACUAUGGGGACAGAAUCCGAGGAUAACAAAAACGCUUUUCUACCAUCUUCAGAAGAGAUCGAACACUGGAUGCAAAAAGCUUUUGACAUGGCGAAAGAGGCUUUGGAGAACGGGGAAGUGCCUGUUGGAUGUCUCAUGGUGUACAACAACGAGGUCCUCGGCAGAGGGAGAAAUGAAGUGAAUGAAACAAAAAAUGCCACUCGACAUGCAGAGAUGGUGGCUCUGGACCAGGUCCUGCUCUGGUGUCACCAGGCGGACAGGGACUCCAGGGAGGUGUUUAAGGAAACCGUCCUCUACGUGACUGUGGAGCCCUGCAUCAUGUGCGCUGGUGCUUUACGCCUCCUGAACAUCCCGCUGGUGGUCUACGGAUGCAGAAACGAGCGGUUUGGCGGAUGUGGAUCAGUGCUGAAUGUUCCGGGGGAUGAGCUGCCACGCACUGGAGCUCCGUUCAAGUGCAUAUCAGGCUUCAGAUCCGAGGAGGCUGUGGAGUUGCUGAAAUCGUUUUACAAGCAGGAAAACCCCAAUGCCCCGAAGCCCAAAGCAAGAAAAGACUGAAGAAAGUUCUGUGUGUGUCCACCAGGGGGCUCCAGUCACUAAGCAAUAAGGUCAACAGCGAUGGCAAAUGUCCAUGCAGCUCGGAGACUGCCUUCUUUGAAAUGAACUGGAAAAACUCCUCUCAUUUAACUUGAUAUGCACAAAGGACUCUUCAUAAUUCUUUUAAGAAAAACCCUUUAAGGCCCUCUGUUGUAUUUAAUCUGUGUUGCAAGAAUGUAUCCUAUAAUAACUGUGAAAGUAGUUUUUUUUUUUUGUAAUUGUGAUUGCUGCAUUUUGUGUGUCAUGCCAACUUCUAUCAUUUGUCCUGCCCACAUAAUUUCAGUGCGUAAUAUAUAGUAUAAACAUUUACUGAUCUAAUUUGCCGUGAUUUUAAUUUGAUUAUGGGGCUGAAGGAGGCUUUUGUACAGAGCCGUGCUGUACAGUACGCGAACCUCUCUUCUCUGUGGGUUUUCCUGUAAGGCAGUGGGAGAAUAGCUGAAGAGAGCAUCGGCUUUAUUGGUGUAGUGGUUCUGACAGAAAUUGGCAGGGUGCUGGAUCGUUGUGGAUUCGCCUCUGGCCUUCUCCCGCGUCCUCGUUUGACCCUGAUGCCGGGCUCGGGCUUCCUACGUUUCCCCUGGUAACGGUACAGGUGCGUGCACAGAUUGUUGGAAUGGCGGUUUGAUUCCUGUGACGGAACGGGCGCGGUCUGUCAUUCCUUUGACAGCCCGUCGGGCGGAUUAGUAGCAGUUUGACGAAUGAUCCGUCUACUCUCUCUCUCCCCGUUUUCCUGGGUUUGCAUUGGUUGUGGAGCUGGCCCAGAACUGGGUGUUCAUGUGUGUGAAACAGAAAGGAGAUCUUCCUGGGAGAGGGCUACAUAUCAGACAAUGUGCACAGGGUCUUGAUGAUAAAGCCCAUUAUUUAUGUUAUUUAGGCAGACUGGAAAUAUUUUCCUUUGUACAGAUCAGUGAUAGUUCCAUUAACAUAUUUCUUUCUUGUCGGAUAUUCAUGUCCUUAGCCUUGCUGAGAAUAUGUGUGUGUGUGUGUGUGCUAUUUGUGUGGACUAGGAAAUGGGAAAUCAUUUGCAUGUAUGAUAUCUGUAUUUGUCCUGCAUAAGUCUGAAAUAUCUUGUACAGUGAACAGGACAUUGCAGGAUGAUUUGCCUGAUGGUAAAUACCAGGUAUUCCUAAAGAAAUUCAGUCUGAUGAAGCUAGAGUGGAGUUUGGGUCCAGUUGAAACAUUGAAAUCUUGUGUUUUCCAUUUUGUCAUGUUUUCCCCUCCCAAACACCAUUUUGGUCACUUUUCCAUGUGGGGGGGAAAAAAAAUGACACAAAGGAAAAUAACAUAUUUUGCUUGUGCUGUAAAAUCUAGAUGCCUUCAGCAGAAAUGUAACCGCACAGAUAGCGGGUAGCCCGCGUGAUUAGCUCUGAUUUGAGAUGCUGCAAUGUUGAGAAAUCUGGGUGAGAAGCCGGAAGCCGGGAGGCUCAGAGUAGAAACGAGCCCGGCGUCGCUAGGCCGCCCCUCCCGCCACGCGGCUGUGUCGUACGCUGACGCACGUCACGGGAGGAGAGAAAGGAAGGUGCGCAGAGUCGUAAAAUAACCCCAAACCACCCGCAGCGCCCUCGGCCCCCCUCAAACCGGACUCCCACGUUCCCUUUCAUGUUCACGCCGCGUGCCAGAUUUCAGCCGCCCUCCCUGCCCGCCCCGUACGUGCAACACUUAGAGCCUCUGUGCUGAAGUGGGGAUUGACGUAAAAUGGCCGCACCACAGAACACCGGCUCCCCCGCCCAGGUUUCCCCUCUGGUGAUGACCUCAGCCGCUGACUCAGCAUUGGCUGAAUUAAUAACUCCCACCCGCCGGUUUGGGCACGCAGGCGGGCACCGCUGACCCGUAUGCGACUGGGUGUUCAUGGUGGUUCAGGUGUCCCGCGACGACGGUCCUCGUCUUGUGAUUUGAAUCUGCGACCUUCUGGUUUGCAACCAGAGAUCGCUCAUUACUCGACCACCUGAUGUGUUUUACUAUUGUGUGGAUUGGAGUGCUGAGGCACAAAGGCUAGCUCAAAACAGCCCCCCCCCCACACACGCAUAAAUUUGAGGGCUUUUCAGCACUCUGUGUACACCAGGGCCGCCCAACCCUGUUCCUGUUCACUCCAAUAAAGCGCACCUCAUUCAACAGAUAGGGAUCUCUUCAAGCUGCUAAUUAGUAGAAACAGAUGUGCCAAACUCAGUCUGAAAUGAAAACCUACAGGAGGGUGGACCUCCGGGUCUCCAGUUGGGCAGUCCUGGUGUGCACAUUUCCAUUUGGCCUUGUAGAAAAUUGUGCAUCUACGACUUGUAAGCACUGCACUAUAAUCAUGGGGUUAUCCCAUAUGAAGUAACGCAAACCAGGGACCUGCUUAUAUGACUGUAUGUGUAUAGUGUACGACUGUAUAGUGACAUUGUUCACUUUGCCCUAGCAACCGGGCCUCACAAAGCCGGUGCGGUCUGAAUGGACUACAGAGGCGGUCAAGUUUUUAGACUGGUGUCAUGCAGAGAUGCAGAUGCAGAUGCUCAUCGCACUGUGCUCCCAGCCCUGUUCCUGUUCACUAAAGCACACCUCAUUCAACAGAUAGAGACCUCAUUGAGGUCUGUCACACACGUGACACCCGACACGCAACACGCAAUGCACUGUGAGGCCGGCCACCAGGCCUCCAGCUCUAAAGGGGCCACUCCGCCUUUCACUUUGACCUCUCGCCUCUCGCCUCCCGCCAGAUGGCCACUCCUUAUCAGGACAGUGUAGCUUGAUGGCCGUACAACAGAGCCGUGCGAUUUCCAUCAGGCUAUCGUCGGGUCAUCUCCAGAUCGCUGUGGAAAAGGUCAGGGUUCUUGUGCUAUGCCGCAACCCCCUCGGUUAUUGUCCUAUGUGUAUACAGUAAGUCGAAAAUGCACAGGAAAUGUUUUACUUGAAAAUAAGCAUGAGGUUCAGUGUAAACUGUGUUCGGGUUUGCAUUCUGUUUGUUUUAAUCAAUUGUCCAAGAUUUGGAAUCGCUAGUUUAUUUUAUCUUGGGGGCAUUCUAUGUCGAUUUGGCCAAAAUAAAUACUUAACUUCAGGGAAAUCUGAAAUGUUUUCCAGAAAGAAACAACUUCCUAUUUUGGAAGGAUAUUUCAUUCAUAUUUGAGAUUUGGGUCACAAAUAGCUUUUGAGAAACUUGUGAUUAAAGUAGUCAUUUUAGAACAUUUGUGGGGCAUUAAUCCUUCAGGAAAGGUUACAGGUAUUUUUAUUUAUUCUUUUAUUAUAAAUUCACACAGAAUCUCCCUUUACUACACUUGUGUAAAAAUAGACAUUGGGAGAAUAAAUUGCAGGUAUAACCCAAAACAGUCCGUUAAACUUUGGACAUAACAAACCAUUGAUGAAAAGUGAUGAAAGUAUAUUUCAGUUUGCUUGUUCUGUAUUGCAUUGUGCUGUAGUGAUCAACCUAUCAAAGCCAGGCAAAUGACAGCUUCAAACUUUAUAGAAAUGUAACACAUUAGAUUUUUAGAACUUUGGGAGAUGAGAUUAAGGGGGGUUUUGUGUGAUUUGCGGCCAGACUAAAAAUAUUCUGCUCCCACAUUUUGUGUACUUUGAUUGGCUUUGCGUUUGUAUUGCACGUUCCUUAUUCCCUAAGAACUGGAAGAGCUGCAUCACAGACCCCUGGCAACAAAAAUGUGCUUUUCCUCAUCACUAUGCAAAUGUAUGCAAGCACAUCCUUCAAAAUGUAUUCAAUUUGUCACCUCCACAAGGGGUACCUAAAGUGUUAAUGAGAACUCUAUGAAGUGUCAUUCUCUGGUUAUCAGGCUGACAGGAAGUGUCUGCAGACACACACACACACACAUACACGCGCGCGCGCACACACUCAAUUUUAGCAAAAAAAAAAGAUGUCUUGAGCAACUUAAUAUGCCAGAUAUCGUUUUGUGGCAGGAUGAAAAAACAGAACGUGUCAUGUACCUAUUUCUGGUUCGGUUCAAAGACGCCAUUCAUUCUGCAAAACAUAAGAAACAUUUCAUUUUGCAUUUAUGGUAACCGAUCUGACAGGGACCAGAAGACACCAAUAACUAGAUCAUGGUGUCUCUGGUUUUUCUCGGAGAGAUCAUUCUGGGAUGAGUUAGAUGCACAGGGAGAGCUUGGGGAAGGGGGUGUUGUGGUCUUGCGUGGACAGGUUUGUUCUCAGUGUAAUAUGUGUUAAUGGGAUUGUACAGGCCCGCCCCCCCCCCCCGCCUACAGUGU